UUUUGGGAAAACCUUUGCCCCUUUUUAUUAUCCCUCGAGUCGAAAGUCUUUGUGUCGUACUUUCCGUGUACUGCAUUCUUCUUCUUGCUAUGAUCGUAUUAAUAUAUUUUUGGUGCGUCUUGCGAGGAUGUCCAAUCGCGGCGCGGCAGCCCGCUGCUGGUUCUUCAGCCUGCUGGCCUUGUCGUCGGCGCUGGUCCGACACGACCCGCGCGACCUCCGGCUGGACCGAGACCAGAGUCCUGCAGAGAGAAGCCGCGCCCCCGAAGCUGUGCGUGACCCCGCCCUCCUGCCGGUGGAUGCGGUGGACUUUCUUAUGGAGGCGGAGUCAUAUGACCAGGACGGCGACGGCGGCCGCGCCAUGCGCUCGCCUCGCCGCUGCAUCCGUCACCAGCAGUCGUGUUUGGGCUUCCCGCUGCCCUGCUGCGACGCCUGCGACACCUGCUACUGCCGCUUCUUCAACGCCAUCUGCUACUGCCGACGCGUCGGGCACGCCUGCCCGCCUGAGCGCACCUGACGUGCCCCUGAUACGUCAAAACAGCUGACACGCCAUCGGCCCACUGCCAUCUUCUCCACGUUCUUCUUGCAUCUAUGUUGGACUUGACGUGCUUCAAAUAAAUGGAGUAAUCUCUUUUGUCUCAAGUAUCAACUUUACUCGUUUGUUUUAUGUUAACCUCCCAGACACCAGGGGGCAGUGCUGAGAGGAUACACAAUGAGUCGCCCCGGCUAAUGCUAACAUGCUGAGGUAAUGUCAGCCCUGAGUAAAAAUAUAUAUUUUUUCUCUUAGGGGGAA